AUGAUUGACGGGAGAGACCUUUCUGCGGCCCUUAGAAGUUCAGGACUUCGUCCAGAACAACUGCGACAUGCCGACGACAUACCAAAGCUCAUGCUUCCACGGCAUAGUAAACUGCAAUGCUUCAGAGGAAAGUAUCGCGUUGAGGCUGCACAGGCAAUCCUUCAUCAUGAUCUAUGGUGGGCGGUGGACUUGUUUGCCAAUGAUAUAAGCGAAGACCUCAAAAGCUUCUUAUCCGACGAAUACAUGAACGAGCGAAAGUUCUGUGACGGGGAGCUAUUUUUCCAUAUCAGAGUUUUCCAGAAGCCCGAGUCCAGUCGCAAAAAUGACUAUCUUGCAAGUCGCUGGCUAGCUCGCCUUGCCUCCGUCAGCAACUCACAGAAUAGAUUCAAGAACUUCAACAGUUUGCUCGGUCAAAAGGCUUUUCUGGAUCGAUUCGACAGGUUCUUGAACAUGAGCAGUCUGUUGCACGACAUGAAGUUGUCGACACUCAAUAAAGUCCUUUCCAAGAGGUUUCGUGCCGAACUCCUGACCGCAUUAGACCAUGUUUUCGAUACUUGGAGAGAGAUAUUUGAAGGGGAUAUGGAGGCAAUGGCCAAGCUAGACGUUGAGACUGUCAUACAAUUACAAAAUAUGGCGCCUGGCGCCUUUGCGGCCGAGCGGCGGGCUCUUAAUGAGUUGGUAGAAGCUGGGAAUAUCCUAGGCUCUUUCGGCAAAUCGGAGAGGGAGCGAAUCUGGGAGCGAAUCUGUAAAAUGACUGAAGAAAGGCUGAUGCCAUCUUUGAAAAGCUUUUUCCAGAACGUCCAGUACUUAGAAUCGGCAGGAGAGUCAAUGAAACAGUUGGUCGAUAUACCGAACGGUUCUGACAUACACGCAGCGUUUCGGAUGAUUUUUCAAAGUCCAGAACAGGAUUUGGAAACUUGUUUGGUCCAAACUUCACCCAAAGAGUUUAAAAUAGCAAGGAUUCACGGCGGUACUCGUUUCCAAGUGGCAUAUUGGCAACUGUGGCUUUAUGCCAUUCGUGAGUUUCGGGAUAUGGGCAAGUCUAGUAUUCACGGAUGCAAUGCAGCAAGUGUUUUGCAUCGAUUUGCAUUGCUGGCCAAGACUUUAGGGUUCCACUCCGACAAGAUAGAAAGCAUCUUGCAACAGGACCCUGACCUGGUCAUUGCCAGAGAGUUUUUGCUCGCUGCACGACGGCCUAGUGAAUACGAGUAUGAGAAUUUUGAAGACAAGGCAUUACAACUUAGAGCCAUCAUGUCGACCGCACGCCCUAGAAUUAGUUCUGAUACCUCAGACAUAGUAAACUUACCGAAAGAGGCCCCUGCAAGAUGUGGUAUCCUCGCCGCAGAUCACCAUCUGCGGGACCAACCUCUGUUGUUUCUCGAUAAGCUACUUAGCACUACAAGGGCCACGGAAGCCAAUGGAAGCGGCAUCACUUCCUUCUUCAUCCAAAAAUCACAUUUUUAUUCCUUUUUUGGAAAAAAUGUUCAGCUCGAGUUUCUUACAUCCCAGGAGACCAUUUCGCAAGAUGAAGCUAUCAAUUGGGCCGUUCAUCUUCCACCAAGCCCUUCUGAAAUGAGUAUUGACAGCAGCGUGAAUCUCGAAAUUUCGGCCGUGAAAGAGGUGUCGCGCGCAGAUGACGUACACGCAACACCACCUGGUCAAAGCGCAAACCUUGACCUUCGUGCAAAUAACCAACGAGUCCAUAACCAGGAAAGACACAUAGUUACUCGGAUCAACAAACUUCUUCAAUUUGAGAAGUCGCUCAUUACGCGCAUCCAACACCUCAGAAACACUAAGAAGCAAACAGAGCGCCAAGUUUCCAAGAGCCAAUAUCCGAGCCCCGAAUCGCGUCACAAGGGCACACAACAUGAGAAGCCACUUUCUGGGGUCCCGGGGAGCACAAGCUAUGGAAGCAAGGAGUUCCGUGGCAGGCACGGUCCGUUGCAAACUUCAAGUCUUACUACAAGCAGGGAGCCCACUAUCAUGAGGCGCAUGGCACUGCAAGAACAGCCUCGUCAAAACGAGACAGCCUUUUCUGCCAUUGACCAGAGUCCAGCAGUCCAUAAACGCUCGGAAGCAGACAGAAGAGUUGACGUAUUGAAGAUGAGAGAGAAGGAGCUUAUCAGACAAGGCAAACAAUUAUCUGCCAACAUCGCAAGAUUACACGAAAGGAAAAACAAACUGCAAACAGAGGUAGACGCGUUGCUAGCCAGUAAGCACAAUGAAAUUUCGGAAAUGGGGAAUGACGACAGUCUGGGUUUGAUCCUGAGACGGAGCAGCAAAGAGUCAGAUGAGCCUAACGAACUGCAGAGGCGCAAACGACAUCGGACUAGCUCUGGGCUUCUACAGACAAAAAGACAAAAGCAAAGUAUCGUCGAGUUUUGGAAAAUGACCAAAACUUGGCAGCUAGACAACAAAGUCCAAGAAGCAGGCGCAGACGCUAUAUUCCGAGACUACUGUCGAAGGGGAUAUGCAUUGCUUGAUCACAAAAUGCAAGUCCUCAACUUGGUAAGCUUCCUAGCUCUGAUUGGCGAAGGUCUUGACACCGUUCUCGUUGUCCCAGAUUGGGAACUAAAAGAUUUGCCAUCCCUGGACACAGUGCAAAGCCCAAGCAAAGGCCGCCAUUGA